UCUGUGCUUUGUAACAAGAAACAAGAACUCAAGCCUUUUUAUGUUUCAGUACCAAAGGAGAAAUGAAAAAGUCAGCAAUGGAAAACUGCACACCUCAUGGAUUUUAAGAAAAGCACACAAAUACUCCUUACACAAGUGUAUUUCUAAGUGCUUUACAAAAUUGAGUUACUCUAAUAAGCUAGAGGACAUGUCAUUAUGAGAAUACGUCAGAAGUGUAUAAGCUGUCAGCACAUCACAUUUUUUGUUAAUCUUAUAUCUGUGUUAGAUUUAGUUUACUGCAGUCAGAACUGACUUCUGGUUGUCCAGAUGAGUGCCUAGGGCUGAGAACUCACACACUGCCACUAUAAGGUAUUCAGGCUCUGGUUUUAAAAAACAGACUUGUGUGCAAGUGUGUAUGUGUUUGUAUAUGUAUGUAUUUACACCCACAUCCCCUUUAUAGACUCCAUAUGGCAUCCCCAUACGGACCCUCCCUCUCUUUACAUUACAUUUCUGUUGUGCAUCGGGGAGGGGGGGGUCUGAUGACUGAAUGACACCUGGGCAAGGUUUUACCUGAGUCAUUUUAAUGUUCCAAGCAUUCAGAGUGGGCCACCUGCAGUGACAGACAAACCACUCUGCAGGCAAGUGAAGGCUGGGAGGUAUCCAUCAGAGUCACUGGAGUCUGGUGUCAGUGAAGUUCAGAAGGGCUAACCUGAGAGGGCAGAGGUCAGCAGCAGAGGAAGGAGUACCACUGCCCUUCAAGGGCUGAGUUUCUCUCAGAAGAGAAACAUAAGAUGAUGUAGGAUUGACUGACUGCUUCUCCUGGUGUUUUUUGGAAAGCUGAAACUGCUUAAGAGGAAAGGAGUACAGUUACUCCUCCAAUACAGAGGAAAGGAAUCCCUGAGGUACACCUGAGGGACUUUGCUGGCAGAACGUGGCAGCUGCCAAAUUCCUCGUUAUUUCUGGCACAUAGGAAAUAAGAAGCCAGAAGGCCCAAUAUAUACACUGAAGUGAAUUGUCAGUAGGCAGAUUCACCAGGCACAGUUAACCUUGGCCACUUCCAAUAAGCAUACCCCAGACUAGAGAUACUGUCUCACUGAAAAAGUGUCUAGAAGGUGCUCUGCUAAUAAGAUCAGGUAUCUUACUAACCAUCCAGCUUGUGGUCAUUACUGCCAUAUUCAUCUCCUAAAGAAGGUAAUGAGCACAGCAAUCAAUCUAAAAAAACCCCUGCAUCUCCUUCCAUUCACGUGCAAUGUUUUUUAAGAGCAAAUGAUCAAUUUUUGCUACAGUGUAAUUAUUUUCAAGGCAUUACUGUGUGGUCAGACGAGACACAUCAGAAACCAGCUGGGGAUCACAUUUGCCUUUAAGGCCAUUCCUACAAGCAGUUUUCUUGGUUCUCUGCUAAAAAUGCAUCAAACCAGACUAACUGCAGAGUCCAUCGAGGUAGCCCAACUAAUAAAUGAUGUCAUUUUCAACUCAGGAUGGAACAGACAGACUGUGACUGUUGUCACUGUAAAAUUCACAGCUUUGUUUGGGUCACUGUAAAGAUUGUGCUGCCCUGGGAGGCCCAGGGCACGUCACUGCUGGUACCAUGUCACCAGGAACCUCCAGUGCUCUUCCACCAGAGCCACUGGCUUUCCCAGGACCCUGCAGACAGAAAGGUUUGUCAAGAAAUCCAGGUUUUCUGCAUGGCAGGACAGACCACUGAGGGCACAGCACUAAGCUGGAAAGGUUGGAUAUUUUUUAUAUCAAACUUUUACGUAGAGAAAGGAGGCUGAGACUAAGCAACCUUUGAAAAUUUCAGACAGUGCUUAAUUGGUAAAAAGAAAGGGAUUGUUUGUCAUGGCUCUCGUUUCUGCUUCUCAAUUAGCAUAUCAGCGAGGUUAAUUUGGCUACAGAAGUUCAUUCUAGUAGAGCAGCUAAUUGCUGCACAUGGUCGUUCCUUUUCCUCAGAGCACGGUAGACACGGUGUCCCAAAUACAAACCAGGGCACCACAACGCUUGCAGUAUUUUCAUAUUGCCACAGGGUGGUGGUGAAGACCUUACCGAAAAUUUUGUUGCUCGGCGGUACUGAGGUUACGUCCUUCGGUAUGUGCUGACCACACGUGUCAAGUCUGCAGUGUGGGAACACCCUCAGACACACUGUUUUCAGCCACUUGCACCAACGAGGGUGAAUUAAGGUCACUUCCUAUAACACAUUAACUCCUGUGACUUUUGGUUUUAUCCUUCAGUGUUCAUGACCAGCAUUUAAGGAGUUGAUGAUAAGCUCAGUUGCUUUACUUCCACAAGUCCUUAGCAGCAGUUGCAGUAGUUUCAAGAAGACACAGUUAAGUUUUGAGUUAUAGCUUUUAAAAAUUUAGUUACCGAUGGUACAUAAUUUACUAUAGCAGAAGCUUUCACUGUUGCUUGAAUGACUAAUUGGGGAGCCUCCUAAUUACAUUUGAAAAGCUCUCUUUGUCAUUCAAUUUACUUUAAUUCAACCUUGUUAUUUCUUUUCCAUAACCAGCUAAUAUUUGUAAUGCUAUUUUCUCAGCAUUUUUGGUUUUAAUUUCUAUAGUCUUUUUCUCAAAUUCCAUUUUAAAUUACUUAAUACAGAAACUAUUACAUGUUUUACAGCACAAUAGUGUUGUGAGACAUGCCUUCCAUCCUACAAACCAACCAACCUGUUAAAGGUUAACAUUUUUGUGACAUAUUUGUGGAAUGGAACAGGCAAAUCAAAGCCUUAUUAAUCCAUUUUAACAAUUUUCUUUCAUGUAACAGUGGUAAAAGCCAAAACACAGAGCAUUUCAGCUUAAUAUUGAAAUAAAUAGGAAAAUUCCACUUUAAAACUGUGUUUUAAUUAUUGAACAGCUCUCAGAAUUAAAUCACUGACCUUUGAGAAUUUAGUGACCAAACAAGUACUUGUCCUCAAGGCACAUAUCUGAGCGUGCACUCCUUUAUGUGAAGCUUUUCCACUCUGGUUAAAGAUGCCCAAGAACACUGCAAGUACCAAGUGAAUGAGUCUUUCAGCCAAAAUCAUAUAACCUAUCUAAAGAAUGAAAAGCUGGAUUGUACUGCUGGCUAUUGUAGUCAGCACAGCAGAAACAGAAGAACAGGCUGUCUGUACCCAAGGGUAUCCUGGCAUCCCUGGCAAUCCUGGGCACAAUGGCACACCUGGCCGUGAUGGACGCGACGGUCCAAAAGGCGACAAGGGAGAUACAGGCGAACCAGGAGUUCCUGGCUUUCCAGGAAAAGAUGGUGCCAAUGGAGAGAAAGGUGAACAAGGAGCCAAUGGGACUGUUGAAGAGAAGGGGAACAAAGGAGAUAAAGGAGAAAGAGGACGACCUGGCAAACUGGGGCCAAAAGGAGUUAUAGGGUCAGUGGGUUACAAAGGUCAGAAGGGAGAGCUGGGACUGCAAGGACAAAAGGGGUUAAAAGGAGACAUUGGACCCAUUGGUCCAAAAGGGUCAAAGGGUGAAGUUGGCCAUCCUGGAAGAGUUGGUUUCCCAGGGCCAAUUGGCCCAACUGGUAAUCCAGGUCCUAAAGGUAAUAUUGGAGAUGUAGGGCCACAGGGUAAUCCAGGAGUUCAGGGGGAAAGAGGCUUGAAAGGAGACAGAGGAGAAAAGGGGAAUGUAGGUGCCCCAGGAGUCCUGCCAAGGAGUGCUUUCAGUGUUGGCCUUACAGUUGCUACCAAAUUUCCUCCUCCAAAUCGCCCAAUCAAGUUUGACAAGGUGCUGUAUAAUGGUCUCAACGACUACAACCCAGUUACUGGCAAAUUCACCUGCAAAUACCCUGGUGUUUACUAUUUCACCUACCACAUCACUGUCUACUCAAGGAACGUCCGAGUAGCUCUAGUUAAGAACGGCAUCAAGAUGCUGCACACUGUGGACAGGUACCAGAGUGGAGAGGACCAGGCCUCAGGAGCUGCCAUCCUGGAGCUGCAGGGAGGAGACGAGGUGUGGCUGCAGGCUCACCAAGGGGAGACUUUCAAUGGGCUGUUUGCAGACGCUGAUGAUGAUACCACCUUCUCUGGGUUUCUCCUGUUCAGCACCUCUGACCCGCUGGAGCCACUCUCAUUGCCCACCAUAUAACUUCAUGCCAUCCGUGAAUGCUGUAUAUCUGUGUCCCUUAGCCCUCCCUAAUAAAGUUGUUAUCUGCUGAACAAUUUCUGUUGGAUUCAACAGAAAACAGACAGUUGUUUUCAGAAAAAGCUUCUGUGCAA